GUCACACCGGGUGGCACUGGCAGCAGGUGUAACGUGGCCGUUAUCCUCCGCGUCUCCGCGUCACACACGGCCACGUCGUGUCACGUGCUAGCCAACCGUCACGCGACUCGUCCAAUACACUUUCACCUGGACCACUCGAUUUAUCCCGAAAUCGGCCACGAUCACUGUUGUCCGUUCUCCAUUCGGGACUCUUUGGAUGGUCUAGCUUGGUUUUGCUCGGCUUGGCCUGGCCUGGCUUCGCUUGAACUAAGAUUGAAUUGCCCGAGGUCAAGAUGUUUCUGUCUCUAAAAUCUGUGGUUCCUUUGCAACCUUUGUGACACGAUUGUGAAACGUGAACGAACGACGAUCUUGUGGAUCGUUUGGCCAGUUGAUACGCGAGUCUCGUGUAUGAGAAACUCGUGACUGGUUGGUGGGACGUCCAAGCAUUGUGGUUCCGAGUGAUAGCAGUUGGUUUACGACGUGAGUUGCAGACGUGUUUGGUGGGACGAUAUGUGAGGGAUGUUUGAUGAUCCUCGGGGGUCUGACUCGGGACUCCGUUUCGAGAAGUUGGCGAGGAACUGUGGGGAACAUUCGACGUCUAUUGGGAACCAUAGUAUGUUAUCAAAGACAAGAAUAUUUAAUAUUUAUUGGAUUAUUCUCUGGUACCAUAAGUAGCCGUACUAUAUAUUCUUCUGUGAGUGACUGAUUUCUCCAGUGAUUCCAGUCGACUAAACUAUGUUUACCAAGAAACAACAACUAUUAAACGCUGUAAAUAAAAGGUAAGAAGACUCUCAUAAAAGAGACCAUUAUACAUAUACGAAAACAGAAGAGGAACUGAAGUUGCUAUUGAAUUUCAGCAACCGUAUCCAUCGAAAAUAUUUGACAAGAGAACGUUGCAAGUGCAAAAUAAUAACUAACUAACUAACGAAAGUAGUUAAGAGAGGAAUUGGUCAGACCUGAAUACAAGCUUAAACGGUUUUCAUCUUCCUUGAAAAGAAAUCUCAUCCCCUGCGAGGUUAGUCCCCCAUAAAGUGUACACGUGUUUGAGGGAAAUUGACGCAUGUGGAUUGAGCGGCGAUACAUGGAGUAGUUUUCGAGUGAUCGAGCCGAUUGGAUGAUAUUUUCGCGAGGUACGCAGGUCAGGGGAAAUUAAGUGGCGGACGGACGUGCGGCGAGGUGUUGGUUUCAGUUGGUCGGCGGACGUCGCAAGCCACGGUUCUCGAAGAAAAAAAGGAACGAGAGAUGUAGUGUGUGUAGGUGCGUGGUAGUGCGAUUUGUUUACCCGGGGGCGAGUGUUGACGGGAAGUGGCGGUGUUUGUCACGUUUCCGGAUGUGAAUGGAAACGGGACCCUGUCUCGUUUUGGACAACAGAUUAUCACGAGCAUGAGGAACGGAUACGUCAGACUAAGACGAUCUGUUUGUGAUACUCGAUCGAAAUAGCGAGUAAAAUUCCAAGAGAAACGAAGAUAGCAAAAGAAAAGGGGGAUUUAUCGUGCGUUUCCAACCUGCGUCGACAUGCUUCACGCCGAGAGCCGUGUCGAGUAGAUAGUGAAAGGACAUUUAAUUCCACGUCGUGGCACGUAGCAGAGUCGGUGCAGGACAUUGUCGGUAGCGAAGGGAAAUCCACGGAUCUCGUGCCUAGCAUGUCUAGGGGAUGGACACUUAGAGAGCUUUAUGAAUCGUGCGCGACGCCGAUCGCCGCUCGGUUUUAGCGAUUCAGAAACAGCCACGUCGAUUUCAGAAAGAAUCACGACCGGGAUCGCGCAGCCAGGAGAAUUCUCAUGGAAACGGGAAAAAGGUAUUCAGGCUGGGCCAUGUUCUUCCCUCCUGUGUUCGAGGGAUGUUUUGAGUGCAAUUUAACUUGCACAGCCGAAAGAGAGGGUUAGGAAAGGAAGGUAGGAACAGGCGAAAAAGAAGUAGAAGUGGCUGGCUGGAUCUCAGCCGCGGGCCACGCGAGCUGCAACUACUCAAAGACGUUUUGCAUAACGAAGUUACGAAGCGAUUCGUUGGCGAAGAACGUUGUAUGGCCUACAAAAUAACUCGAGACUCGUCCCGCUGAUUGAAAGUACCUCUAGAACAUUGUAUCGCUUCCGGUGACGGCUGAGAAUUAAGCGGAGGUGAUCUCGGCGAGCGGUCGGCAGACCUUCGAGGCCGUGGCUGAAGUCGUGUUCGACGGUUAUGCUGCUGGCGUCGCUUCGAGUGGCCGCCAGCAAAUGCUGUCAUGCUCUUGCCAUGCCAGCCGGCGGCCAGGAAGAGGCCGCUGGUCACGAGGUCCUUGAGCAGAUCGAAAAGCUGCCUCGUGUUGAUUAUUAUCCUCGUGUUGAUCGGUCGCGAGGUAUCGCGAGCUGCCACGCAGAUCCGCUACGCUUCGCGCAUCGUCGAGACCAAGAGCGGACAGAUACGUGGGAUUCUUCAGGAUUUGAACAGCAGGCACUUAGAUCCCGUAGAAGUGUUCCGGGGUAUACCGUACGCGGCACCUCCCGUAGGAGAUUUACGUUUUCGACCACCGAUAUCGCCGAUCCCCUGGGACGGCAUCAAACUGGCGGAUUCCUUCGGCGCGGUUUGCCCCCAGCACUUUCCCGACAUCAGCAAUGACACAGCUGCUUUGUUGCAAAUGUCUCUAGGCAGAUACCAACAGCUGAAACGUUUGUACAUGUUCCUGACCAACCAGAGCGAGGACUGCCUGUUUUUGAACCUGUACAUACCCGGCAGUGGGUCUCGAGGACUAGAAGCACCAUACGCUGUGAUGGUGUACGUUCACGGUGAAAGUUUCGAAUGGGGAACGGGAAACAUCUACGAUGGGUCCGUUUUGGCAAGCGCUGGACACGUCAUAGUAAUCACCCUUAAUUAUCGUCUUGGAAUCUUAGGUUUCUUGAGGACUCGUCCGUAUCCAGACAGAACGCCAGGAUCUGGUGGAAAUCUGGCCUUGAAGGAUAUCGCUAUGGGACUACGCUGGGUACGUGAAAAUAUCGCUGCUUUUGGAGGCGAUCCGACAAAAAUCACGUUGAUUGGACACGAUACUGGAGCUGCGCUGGUGAACCUUCUUCUACUUGCUCCUUAUGGCAAGGGCCUUUUUCAUCGAGUCGUGUUAUCGAGUGGCUCAGCGUUAAGCCCGUGGGCGUCUGUUCACGAUCCGAACGACUUACGAUCGAAAGUAGCAAAGCAAAUAGGAUGUUCCACCGAGGACGACGAAGAUAUUGCCAACUGUCUACGCGGCAUUCCUCUGCGUGAGCUCAUGGCCGUUGAACUGCCGGAAAUCCGAUUCGUGCCACGGAUCGGACCAGGCUUACCAGUGGACCAAAACAAUCCCGAUCCAGGGCUGGAUAUGGAACGAGCCAGUGACACGUUCAUCAAAGUACCUCUUAUCCUUGGUGUGUCUACUACGGAGUCGAAUUUAGAUUUUAACGCGAACGAUAUUCAAUACGGAUUCGAGGAGGAUCAUCGAAACCGAAUUUUACGAACGUUCAUCAGAAACGCUUAUGUAUAUCAUUUGAACGAGAUUUUCUCCGCGGUGAGGAACGAGUAUACGGACUGGGACAAGCCUAUCCUUCAUCCUAUCAUUAUACGGGAUUCGACGAUGGAGGCGUUGAGCGAUGGUCAUACCGUAGCACCACUCAUGAGGAUUGCCUUUUAUCACGCCAGAAGGGGAGCCAAAACGUUCUUCUACCACUUCAGCCAUCAAACCAAAGACAACAGCCUUUUGCAGCGUCUGGGCAGCAUUCGUGGCGAGGAUAUACCGUAUAUCUUCGGGUUGCCACUGGUGGCUGGAGGAGCUUUCUUUCCCCGGAAUUAUUCCCGACAGGAUCAGGGCGUCGCCGAGGCAGUUCUCACGUUUUUCACGAAUUUCGCGAAAACCGGCAAUCCGAACGAGCCACACAAAAUCGAAUCGGUGGAUUAUGGGACACCGAAGGAGAAAACGCGAUACCGUGGUCUCACAUGGGAGCAAUACGAGACUGGUACUCAACAGUAUCUCACAAUUGCGAUGAAACCGAAAAUGAAGAGCCACUACCGUGGCCAUAAAAUGGCAGUUUGGCUAAAUCUGAUACCACAACUGCAUCGACCCGGAGACGACGAUGUCUCAAUGCGGCAUCAUCAUUUUCGAGAAAGAGGUGACCACUUUUAUGCAGGACCAGUUCGAGACGAAUGGUACACUCCUCUGCCGCUUGUAGCGACAACGAAGAUGAGCGCCUCAUCGACAACAGCGUGCAGCACAUCUACAGGCGAUGACAGUAUCACCGAAGACAUUACUCCUAUUCUGGACGAUUCAGAAGACGACGCUGAACUUUUACAAAGAUUAGAUUCUCGUCAUUACUACAGUACUACUACAGCCCUAGCGAUCACCGUAGGAGUCGGUUGCUUUUUAUUGGUGCUUAACAUGUUGCUAUUCGCCGGUAUUUACUAUCAGAGGGGUCGUGACAAAAAGAGAGCCGCAAUAGACUGCACGCCAAACGGGCAAGAAUCACUACCGAUGACUACCAGGUCGUCUAUGAAAGGUCCGGAAAGUCCUAGGCCGGCGCAAGAACCUCCACCAUCGUAUACUACCCUUGCAAGAAGCCCUUCGAUCCAGGAACAUCAACAGAUUGCUCAGAGUCAAUCGACGGAUGUCGAUGAACAGCCUAAAAGUGAACAGAAACCUAGCCACGGGACCAGCAACGCCAUCCAUAAGGAUCCCAUUCCUCCAAAACCUCCCACGAGAACGACCAGCUCCUUGAGUACUACUAGUGGCACCAAUACUAUUAAAAAACGUGUGCAAAUACAAGAGAUAUCCGUAUAGCAUUAGGGGUUGCCCCAAGAGGGCAACAUGAAAACCAAGAAGGUGACUUUCAUAGAUUUUGCGGCGACUGGCGAGUCUAAGUUUUGAAAAAGUUUACGAGAAUAUGGAUUAACAAGUGUCUGGUUAUGGCACGUAGCACAGGUUGACAAAGAAAAUUAUCCGUUUGAGUUGCAGUGAGAUAUCGAUGAAGAGUGAAGACUAUUGGUGUUACUUUCAACAAUUGUUGGAGGAAACUCUAAAGAACGAUGAGGUCUAAAGCGACGUUCAAUUGUAUGUUAAGUAUUCUCUAAUUAUUCUGAUGUAUAAACAGCGAUAACUGCCAUAUGUCACUGAAAAGACAAAGUGCUUUAAAGGAAGACUUAGCAGACUACGAGUGUUCCUCUAUCAUGCACGUAAGACUUUAUGACCAUUUUGAGUGUAUUUCUUUGCAGGAUACAGUGUGUUUCUUCUAUGGAAUGCUAUCAAAGUUGUAUUACAAAGCGAUUCGAAAUGAGUUCAUCAAAUUUCAACUAAUUAAUUUCUUGUCGAGAAAUACUUAGCUUGACCACAAGAACUGUAUCGUUAACUGAGAAUGAAACAUUUACGAAAUCAAGUGUCUAGGAAGCCGAUUUCGUUUUUCUACAAAUAUACUGUCGAAUAAUUAAAAUCUAACAGAUAUAUCUUUUCUUUUUAUUUGUUCUUUAUUUUACACUUAAAAAGUAAAGUAAAUUCUAGACUAUGAUAUUUAUCUCACAUAUUGAAGUAGACAAAAGUUGAAAAAAGGUCGUAUCUCUAAGAUUGUUUAAUUUGACAGUAUAUUUAACGAAGAAUAGAAUCGAUGAUAAAAAUCCAUAAGUCAACACUGUAACUGUUCACAAUCAGUGUUCUUUCAAGUGUUCUUCUCGUAGCUGACAUAAUGAUCAUGUAAUUAGAGUAACUCCUGGUAUAACUGACGCUGGGCUCAUGAAAAAUUUCUAUUUGCGUUUGUGUAUACAACUUAAAAAUGGUUUCGUGUCUUUCCUAUUCCAGGUAUUGGAAACCGUGCACAAAAUCGCACAGAGAUAAUAAAUUAAAUAACGUCUAUGUAACACGAUCCGUAGAAAAUUGUAUGAGAGAAUGGUCGUCUGAAAUGAUUUCUAAAAUUUAAAUGAUGAUAAUUGUACUUCGUAGUGUCACUGUGAUCAAUAUCAAUAUUUUUUAAAAAUCAAAAACAAAAUUUAUAGAUAAAAAUCAUUAUGUUAGUUUCAUUUGUCGUUGAAAAUUAUUCGUCUUUGUUUAUUAAAGAAUAGGAAUUAUUAUUUAUUUCUGUUUUUUAUUUGUACUAUGAAUAUACAUAUUCUACUUUAUUAUGUGACAUAUAAAUAGUAUAAAGCGGAAGUUGAAGAACUCUGUCAAUUUUGCGUUGCCUCCUCGUUAUAUUGAUAUCAUCGCUCACUAUUUAAAAUAAUUUAAAGAGAAAAAGAGAAACAAAACCUAAAAAAAUUUAUAUUUAAGCACUCGAUACUGAAAGAGAUCGGUUCUCGUAUUCGCAUUAGAAUCUCAUGCGAAUGUUGUGUGAAAGUUCUGGGUUAAAGUAAACAAAAGGAAAUUACAUGUUUAAUGGUUCAAUUUGAGUGGAACUCGCACUGCACUUGCGGAAGUAUCGAUGGUUCUCUAGUGACAACAUGUGCUCAAAACGUAAUCAUAAAGUGGAACACAAUUUCCUUUAAAUUAAAUAUUAUCUACACCUCUUCGACCAAGUAAUCUAAGGCGAGAUUACGCCCACGUUUAUGCAAAUAUCAUUCGUCUUUAUAGGAUUUUUUAAGCUGAAUCUGAUGUCUGUGUUACACAUACAUUAAAAAUUAACGAAGAAAUUGGACUUAUAAAGCUCGGUGUAAAUUAUAAUGUUAUAAAGGGAUUUAUCUUCUUUUCAGGUACUUCAAGUCUCUAUACCAUUUACAUAAUUUUAAUUAUUGUACGUUAUAUUACGCAUGUUUUAACAUUAUUUCUUAACUAAAUUAAAAGCAAAGCUUAUUUCAUCAUAAUUUUCGUACAAACAGAUACUCAUGGUCAUGGUUCUUCCAUUAGUUGAUAAAAUUAAAUGUUCCCGAUACUAUAUAUGUACAUACAUUUCAUUUUAAAGAUACUAUUAAUUUUUUAUAAAUUUGUUCCCUGACAUACUUCGUAAUCCAGACUGAUUAUCAAAAACAUAUUACAUAAUACAAUCAUUCUACUAACAGACAAGUUUUUCUUCGGAAGAAGAAAAGCAUCACGAAUAACAGCAAACGACAUUUCGAUCGUCAUGUAAAAAGAUAAAAACACCUGUUUAAUAUAGUCGAAUUUAUCUAAUCGAUUGUACGCAUUUUCUGAGGCACAUGAAGUAAUGAAAGCGUAUUGGUAUGAUUAAGGACAUAACGUUGUACUUUAGAUAGCAAUCAUACUAUGCACGGUGUCGCGUAAUUGUACUAUCGAUUUCGAUUAUUUUCAAUACACCGUUUCACAAAGAAAAGAUUAGAAAAGGAAUACUCAUCAAGUAUUGUUUGCGAAUGGUAUGAAUCAUCAGCACAUUGUGACUAUUCGUUAAAUUGUGUGAACGGGAUUAUUGAACAAAUAACAGUGAAAUUUAAGUAGCAGAAUAGACGAAACA